AAUCAGCUUUUGAGGGCUCUCAAGCACCUGAGAGUUUUGUCUCCUUACAGCAAAUGCGACAACGCGUGCAGCCUAGCCUUUUAUCCCCUUCCAUGUAAUUCUAUUACCUGUACGGCUUCCAAGAUGCAUAUUAAAAAGAUACCCGAUGUUGAUGCCAUAAGGGGCGGCGAGAGACACUCCGGCGAACUUCACCUGACAGAACACCAUAUUAUAUUCGUAUUUCCUAAUAUACUUCCCGACGGGGCGGUUCCGCAGCCGAACGCUCCGAAGACCCGCGAGGUUUACAUCGCUUACCCCAUAAUCGGGAACUGUGUCUUUCGACCAUGUCCUAGUGUAACAGGAAGACCCUCUUCAAUAAGACUGCGAUGUCGAGAUUUUACCUUUAUGAACUUCAACUUCCACGAUGAACUUCAUGCGCGGGAAGCGUUUGAAUAUAUUCGUAACCGCACGUGCCGACUAGGUUCUAUAGAGAAGCUAUACGCCUUUAGUUACCAACCCCUGAAGCCGGAGAGGCCGUUCAAUGGAUGGCACCUGUACGACCCAAGAGCCGAGUUUCGAAGGCAGGGGAUAAGCACCAAGUCUGUUGAUAGAGGAUGGAGGAUAUCUUCCAUAAAUAAGGACUAUACCUUCUCCCCGACCUACCCCAGCAUGCUUGUCGUUCCCUCCAAGAUAUCUGACAACGUUAUAAAAUAUGCUGGUUCAUAUCGAUCUAGACAGCGCAUACCCGUAUUAACUUACCUACACUCCCUCAACAAUUGCUCUAUUACCCGGAGUUCCCAACCCAUGGUAGGCUUCAGGGGAAAUCGAAGCAUACAAGAUGAGAAGUUGGUCAGCGCCUGCUUUUCCGCUUCGGCUACCGUCGAGUUUAACGGAAUAGACGCUUCCGUUUCGGAAACGGCAGAGCCAAGUCCGGCAUCUAGCCAAGCAGACCUUGGAGGAGAGAGUUUCGAAGCGGAGACUUCAGAUACCGAACGAUUAGAAGACGAACUCAUCGCUGGAAACGAUGACCAUAAUUACGAUUCGAAAACUGGAAAGCGACUGGUAUACGGUGCACAGCAGAGCAAUCUCAUCGUAGAUGCUCGGCCAACCAUCAACGCUGUCGUUAUGCAGGCGAUGGGAAAGGGAUCGGAGAAUAUGGAAUAUUACAAAUUCGCUAAGAAAGCCUAUUUGAAUAUUGAAAAUAUUCACGUCAUGAGAGAGUCCCUCAAUAGUGUCAUAGAGGCGCUCAAAGAUGGUGAUAUUUCUCGUCUACCACCGAAUCGCGAACUAUUAGCAAAGAGUGGGUGGCUAAAACACAUCACCGGCAUUCUCGACGGAUCGGCUUUGAUAGCACGGCAGGUGGGUAUAAAACACUCGCACGUCUUGAUUCACUGCUCGGAUGGCUGGGAUCGCACGAGUCAACUAUCAGCCCUGUCACAGCUGAUGUUGGAUCCUUAUUACCGAACCAUCGAGGGGUUCAUCGUUCUGAUCGAAAAAGAUUGGCUUUCUUUCGGGCACAUGUUUCAACAACGCUCCGGUCCCCUCAGCCACGAAAAGUGGUUUGUGGUUGAGAAAGACUCAUUAGCUGGCUCAGCGAUUCAACCUGGAGAGUCGGAUGGUCGUGCUGGCGAGGCUUUUGAAAGUGCUCUCGCAAGUGCGAAGCGUUUCUUCAACAAGAGCCGAAAUAAUGACAGUAAUAUCGAAUCUGACGGCGAUGGUAUCGCUUCACCACCUGAAGAUCCAUCGCAAGUCAAGAAACCUGCAGCAAGCACUCCAGAAGCCAACGAAACUACUAAGCCAAAUGAGAUAUCCCCCGUUUUUCACCAAUUCCUCGACGCUACCUAUCAACUCCUCCGGCAACAUCCUAACCGUUUCGAGUAUAACGAACGAUUCCUACGACGACUUCUCUAUCACCUAUACGCCGCACAAUACGGGACAUUCCUGUGGAAUAGCGAAAAGGCCCGAAAGGACGCUCGCGCGAGCGAAAGAACGAGGUCCGUAUGGGACUACUUCCUAUCCCGAAAACAGGAGUUCAUAAAUCGCGACUACGACGCGACGAUCGACGAUCGGCAAAGCGGCCGCGAGAGACUCCUCUUCCCGAAGCUCUCCGACGUGCGGUGGUGGCACCAGCUCUUCGGCCGCUCGGACGCCGAGAUGAAUGAGUAUCUCGACUUGGCCGCGGCCAGGGACGAGAGGCUCGGCACCUACGGCAUGGGCAACAUGUCCGGCGGCUUCUCCAGCCCGCCGAGCAGCGAUUCGAGGUCCCCCCGCCCUCCACCGAGUCCGCAAACCCAGCCCCCAGGCCUGCCGACGAGCAAGAGCGUGCUCACGGGCGUGGAGUCGGCGCACGAGGCCCUCACGCCGGAGGAGAGGGUUGUGGGGAGUCUUAGGCACAGCGCCAGCGCGGACACGCCGGGCGCGUUCGCGACGAACCUCGCGAAGAUCCGGGACGGGGUCGCGGGGCUGGAGAUCGGGAGGGGUUUGUUUGGGGGCCAGGGCCAGGGCCAAGGUGCUGCUGCCGCCGCCGGCGGCGAUAAUGGGAAUGGCGGGAAUGGCGUAGGUUUAGGGUUAGGGAGGACCGGAAGUGGGAAUGGGAGCGGGAGCGGGAGUGGGAGUGGGAGUGAUAAUGGGAAAGGGAAUGUGAAGGGGGAGCAGGAGUUGGCGGAUAUGUCGACGACGACGGGUGGCGAGAAGGGGAGCGUGGAGUUGGCGUAGUCCGCCUGCGUGGUUAGGUGACGAGCGCUGAGAGCGGGUUUGGUUUGGUUGCGCCGGAGAUGGUGUGUCGUGGUUAGUUUUAAAGAGCCCUAGAGCCCUGGAGACCUAGGGGAUGGGUUUGAGAGGAGGCUGAGAGGCGGAAAGGCUGGGACGCGAGAGGCGUGCCGAGUACGAUGGUAGGGGAUAGGAGGUAGGGGGUAGGGAGGCAUGCAUGGUUUGGUCGAUUAUGAAAUAUGGAAUACGAAAUGAAAUGUGAACAUUUUUAUGAACUUGGACUUUUAUCUG